AUGUCAGGAGUCUGGGUGUUUAAAUCGAACGGCGUGAUUCGUCUGGUGGAGAAUCCACAGGCGGAAUCGUCGGGAAGGAGAAAGGUUUUGGUGUAUUUGGCUACAGGAGAGGUGAUAUCGUCGUAUUCGUCGCUGGAGCAAAUACUGAAGAGCUUAGGGUGGGAGAGGUAUUAUGGGGGUGACUGUGACCUGUUGCAGUUCCACAAGCGCUCCUCCAUUGACCUAAUCUCUCUUCCCAGAGACUUCACCAGGUUCAACUCUGUUUACAUGUACGACAUCGUCAUUAAGAACCCAAAUUCCUUCCAUGUCCGCGACAUGUAA